CCCAAAUAGCUAUAAAUGCAUAUUCUACACAGCUCCAUUUCUCAUUUAUAUUAUUUUCUUCAUAUAUCUGUUUGUCUUGAGCCAUACAGACUCCUCUGGAGUUUCAAGAAUAGUGAAGGCUUCAUUUUGGAGAAAUUUAGGUGGUUCAUCGUUUUCAAAGGAAAUUUGAGCUUAAGUGAGAAAGCGUUGAUAUUGCAAUUUCGACGUGUUGCAACAACUCAUGACAUGGAAGACAAAUCUGAAUAUGUUAUGGUCGAAGAAGAAAAACCCAAAAAAGAAGAGUUACAUGUCAAAGUUCAGACAAAGGAUAUACAAGUUGCUGGUGAGAAGGAAAAUAAGUUAGAGAUAGAAUUUGAAGAGAGAACCAAAUCAGUGGAGAAAAAAAAGCUGAAAGGUGAUGAGAACAAGGUCGAUAAGCAUAAGGAGAAGGAGGGGGGGGAAUCCAAGAAAAAGGAGAAAGAGAAGGAAGAUAAAGAGGUAAAGUUGAAGGUAAAGGAGAAAGAAAGCAAGGAGGAGAAUGAAGAUGAGCAUAAGGAGAAAAAGAAAGAGAAGAAAGGAAAGAAGGAGAAGGAGAAGAGUAAGAAAGAUGAUGGGGACUCAGGGGAGAAAGAGGGGAUGAUGACAGAGGUGAAGGACAAGGGGAAAGCAGAGAAGAAGAAAAAAGAUAAGGAGAAGAAAGUGAAGAAGCAAAAUGAAGGGGAUGAGAAAGUAGAAGAUGAAGAGAAAGAGCAAAAGAAGAAAGACAAAGAGGAGAAAGGGCAGAAGCACAAUGAAUUGGAUGAGGAACUAGAGGAUGAAGAGAAAGAGAAAAGGGACAAUAAGAGAGGAGAGAAGAAAGACAAAAGGCACAGUGAUGAAGUGGGUGUGGGAGAAAGAGAAGAGGAGGAAGUAGAGAAGAGAAAGAAGAAAGACAAGGAGGACAAUAAGAAACAGAAGGAUGAUGCCAACGAGACAGCAGGUAAGGAAGGAGGAAAAGAGAAAUCAGAGAAGAAGAGUGACGAUAAAGAUAAGGAGACGAAGAAAAAGGAGGAGGAGAAGAAAGAAAAGAAGCAGAAGAAUGAGGAGGGAGAUGAGGAUGGAGAAGAGAAAAAGAACAAGAACAAGAAAGAGAAAGUAGAUAAGAAGAACGGGAAGAAAGAAAAGGUGGACAAGGAGAAGAAGAAACUUGAUGAAGCGGAUGAGCCAACAUGCGACGUUGGAGUUACCUCUAGGGAUAUUGUAAUUGAAGAAGGGGAGGAGAAGCAGAAGGAUGAGUUAAAUGAAGCUAAAGACAAGAAGAAAGAAAAAGACAAGAAGAAGGGUGAGAAGAAGGAUAAGGGCAAGGAUAUUGGUAAGCUGAAAAAGAAUUUGGAAAAGAUUAAUGGGAAAAUAGAAGCUCUCCUUGAGGAAAAGGUAGAUAUCAUGAGGCAAAUCAAAGAAGCUGAGGCUGCUGGUUGUGUUGUUGCUGAGUAGGAAAAUGGGUUUUUGCAGGCUGAUAUGUCAGAUGGCAUAGCAUGUUAGCUUUCUUACUCUUGACAUUUCUUUUGUCUAUUUUGCAAUACUAUGUUCAUAUAAAUGUUCUUUCUUUUUGUGUCUUAUGAAGAAACUGAUUAUAUGAAGAGAAAUCUUUGUAUAAGUGUAAUGGCAGGUUUUGUUGUGGGUUCAACUUCUAUAAAUAAAAAAAUUUCCUAUUUUACC